UUUGCCGCGCCGCCGAUCGCGUCGUCGAUUGGCAGCCUCGACUCGCGCGCCGCCGCAGCACGCGCCACACGCAACCACACAACUACCACACAACACAUCAUUGGCGGCUGCAAACGUGGAGUGAGUGGCGCCUGCCACAACCGGCAACGCUCGCCGAAGCAGCCAUGAGUAGCUCCGGCGAGGCUGACAACUUCCGGCGGAGCCUCGUGCAGACGGUCUGGGCCGUCGCCUCGGCGACGGCCUUCGGUUUGAUCCUCUGGUACGCGCGCGGCCGCGACAGCGCCAUCGCCUUCUUCUCGGGCUACCUCGUCGAGCAGUCGCUGUCCGUCGACAACCUCUUCGUGUUCAUCAUGCUCUUCGAGUACUUUCGGGUGCCGCCGGCGUUCCAGCAGCGCGUGCUGUCCUGGGGCAUCGUCGGCGCGAUCCUCAUGCGGGGCGUCAUGAUCGUCGCGGGCGUCGCGGCCGUGAAGCGAUUCCGGUGGACGUCGCUGCUCUUCGCGGGCAUCCUGCUGCUGUCGUCGGUGAAGCUGCUCAUGGAGGGCGACGAGGACGAGGACGUCGGCGAUAAUCUGGUUAUGCGGCUCUCGCGGAAGCUGGUCGGCGCGACGACGGAGUACGACGGCGACCGAUUCUUCACCGUCGUCGACGGCGCGAAGCGCGCGACGCCGCUGCUGCUCUGCCUCGUCUGCGUCGAGCUCAGCGACGUCGUCUUCGCCGUCGACUCCAUCCCCGCCGUGCUGGGCAUCUCGACGGACCCCUUCGUCGUCUACUCGUCCAACGUCUUCGCCAUCGCGGGCCUCCGCGCGCUUUACGCGUUGGUGGCCAAGGCCGUCGACUCGAUGGUCUACCUCAAGCCCGCGGUCUGCGCCGUGCUCGUCUUCAUCUCCGUGAAGAUGAUCCUCGAGUACUUCCACUACGCCAUCGGCACGGGCGCGUCGCUCUGCGUCGUCGUGUGCCUCCUCGCGCUCGGCGCGGCCGCGUCGCUGCUGGCGUCGAAGCGAAAAAAACACAAGACGGAGGACCACGCGCCGAACUACGACGCGGGCGACUUCGCGCCGGCGAGCCCGCUGCGGCAGCGCGAGCCCUUCGCCUACUCGGCCCAGGACGACCUGAGUCGCGUGCUCGUGUAACGCGGUCGGAAAUU